UAACACGUGGAAGCAUACUAGAAAAAAAAUCACAGCAGUAGUGUACUUAUUAUAUACAUAGUACUAAUUUGAAGUGAGUAUUCACAUUGUGAUUCGUGGUAUGAAAGGGAUUGCUCAUCUUUUACAUUGGACAUUGUGUAACUUGAAAAAAAGUGCUUUAAAAAUGUGUUGAAUAUAGAAUAUAAUAAGUGAUAAUUCGGUUAAGUUUUUUUGUGGUUCGGUGAAAACGACAGAGGACACCUCGCUUUAUUCCUGCGAAAGCAUAUAAACCCAUUGUUGUAUUAUUCUUUACUAAGAAUGAAGAAACAUGGACAAUACAACAUGGAUGGUUUCCAUUGCUUCCAAUUCUUCUUUGAUUUACCAUCAAACCCUUGAAGAGCUGAACGCAUCGAAAGCCGAGCAGCGCCUUCCGACCGUCAUAUUCCUGAUUAUCAUAAUAAUCAUUGGAGUGAUUGGUAACACAGUGGUCAUCGUCGUCUACUCCUCCAAGUACCCUCCCUCCACCUUCCGGUUGUACAUCCUGACUCUGGCAGUGAUUGAUCUACUUUCGUGCCUCAUACCUAUGCCUCUCGAAGUUGUUGACAACAUAUAUCCUUUAAUGUUUUAUAACGAAGGAUUCUGCAAGAGUGGCCGAUUUAUCGGAAGUGUAUUGAAAAUAGGGUCAGCAUUUGUUCUUGUUGUCAUGGCUUUUGGAAGAUACAGAAAGAUAUGUCACCCUUAUUCUAAGGCUACCACUUUUAUUCACGCUCGACUGUGUUGUGCAGCGGCACUUCUACUCGCCAUUGCCUUUUCCUGGCCAAACGCAAUCAUUCAAGGAAUUAAGCAAGUGACUCUUCCAGGAAAUAUAACUGGGUUCGACUGUUCCAUUGACGACCGUAUGAGAAACACUAAAUACCCUUUCAUUUACUUUACCGUUCUAUUUGUUCUAAUUUUUGCUGUAUUCGUAGUGUUAGGUGCACUGUAUUCUGUGGCAAUCUUCGCCCUGCGAACGCAUUCCAAAAAGAAAUCAUGGCUGCAAACGAACAACAAACACAACAAAGUGAACAAAAGAAUCACAAAAAUUAUGAUUGCAAUCACUGUGGCUUUUAUUUUGUGCUAUUUUCCCAAUUUUCUUUUAGAUGCCAUUUCUACAUUCAAAAGGGGGGUUAUUUUCAAACCAAGCCCCAUCGUUUUGGGAAUUCUUCCCCUGUUAGCCAGAGCCUAUUUUAUAAACAAUAUCAUAAAUCCUUUCAUAUAUUUAGCUGGAGAAACAAAGUUUCGCAAAAUAGUACAGCAGAGUCUAAGAUCUACAUGAAUAUGACUUUCAUUUUUUUUUUGCAUUGUCAGAAAAAGCCUGAAGAAAAACCUCCAUCAUUCCGGAUUCCAUUCGCUUGACAGACGUAAAACCACCGUCUGUAUAAUUCCAGAUGUUUUUACUACCAAUGAAAUAAAUGUUUUACAUAUUUUUUUUUACUUCGAUAUUUGUUUAUACUUUUUGAAGAAAUAUUGAAAGAUUGAAAUAAUAUUCAGAUAUUAAUUCGAUUUCAUCAUCAGCUUUAACUCAAUUUUUUCUGAGCAUAAUUAGUUUGUGUUACAAUACUUUAUGAUAUUUUUUUAAAUCUUAGAUUUUACAUCAUAAGCAAGAUUUACUUUAUACUCCAAAUUACCAUUAAAGCUGCCAAUAGGAUGCCUGAAAACUAAGAUUUGUUAUAGAAGACAGAGAACUUUGUGAAGUAUGAUGUGUUCAAUAAUCUUUAAUGAUAAGUAUGUUUUCACAAUAUCUAAUUAAUAUCUAAUUAAGACCGGAGAAAUAUAUUCUAAAAUACUUUGAAAUUUGAAAUAUAAAAAUAAUCACAUUUGUGAAGUAGAGUUACCUUUCUUGGAAUGACAGAUGUAAGAAUGUUAUGACAUGAUGAAUUACAUAUGUAAAUUACAAUUUUUAUUCUCAUAAAGAUGACAGCCCCGCACCAUCUGGUGUAAAUAUAAAUCCAUCUAUUGGAUACUGACGCUACAAACCACUUUUGAAUAACAAAUUGAACUAUUUUUCCCCUGCUCGGUGCAUUUUUGAUCUACCCUAUAUAUAUACAGUCUUGAAUGUAUGUUAAUAUGUUAAUAUGUAUGUACAGAUAUUUGAAGUGCAUUUUGUAUUCUAUUUUAAACUCGUUUAUUGAUGAACUGUGUUGUUGCAAUAUGAAUGCUUAUCACGAUAUUCAUAAAUUGUAAUA